UUGUCCGGUAGGUGGCGGUAGCGCACCGACUCGCUUUAUGCCUACUGCUAAUAAAGUCACGAAGAAGAAUCCUAUCGCUGAACUGGAUGUAAACAAGAGAGAACCCAGUAGCCGGAACUGUUAACUGUCCGUUCCGAACUGAACUAGACUACUUCUGCGGACCGGACUCGGACAGGCUCAGAGUUCGUGUCCUUUUGGACCUUUUUGUCUCUGAGCGUCGUGCGGAACGACAUGGAAGAUAACAAGAUGGUGGCAGGAAAAUCAAAGAAACCUGGAAAACGCGGCCGCAAGCCAGCGAAGAUCGACCUGAAGGCCAAGCUGGAGCGGAGCCGACAGAGUGCCAGAGAGUGCCGGGCCAGGAAGAAACUGCGAUACCAGUACCUGGAGGAACUGGUGUCCAGUAAGGAGAGGGCCAUCUGCGCUCUGCGAGAGGAGCUGGAGAUGUACAAGCAGUGGUGCUCGGCCAUGGACCAGGGGAAGAUCCCGUCAGAAAUCAAAGCUCUGCUGACCGGAGAUGAGCAGAAGAUUCCUCAGAGCAGCGGCGGCACCAAAACAUCCAAGAACAAGAACAGCGGCAGCGCUCAAAGUUAAACCGAGAGCGGUGCUUCCCGUCUUCCUCACGCAGGAAUUCCUUCUGCCAUGUUUCAGCUCACCUGUCACCUGACAGGAUCGUCUCCAGGUGACCUGUAAACAGGCAGCUGUUGGGACCCGGACUUCAGAUCAGAAUUUUUAUUAAGUUCCUUCUAAAUCUUCCUUUUUGUUUUCCAGAGCAGGAAGUGUCUGAUGACGUGUGACUGGAUGUUUAGUUAAAACUGAUCUUUUUCUCUGAUUGGAAGUGAGUGAAUCACCUGAUUGGUUACAGGUGCGGGACUUACCAAAGCUUCAGGUGGAUGUAGAAACCUUUCUGUGGCGUUUGUGAGUUAAAGUCCGUCUGUUGUGGCAAUGAGGGUCUGCAGCUUCAGCUGGAAUAUGUUUUUGUAUUUUCUACGAGCUCCACGCGUCGGUCUCGUUGGUGUGAAGACGAAGAUUGUGACGAUAAUCAGCAGUUAACUGGUCCCUUCUCUGCAGCGUGAUGAUUCAAAAUUCCUGAAACGUUUGUGCACUUUCCUCUGAAGCACUUUGUGAGAUGGUUGUAGAGAAUAGUUUUAUCUGAACAAAUAAAAGCUUUCUCAUCUA